CCACCUGUGAAGCCAGAGUUAUGGUCGCUGACUGAGCCCAAUGGCGUAAAGCGUCCCUCCCUAGCUUUCACUGACAGUGCUGAAACCCGCGACCGGAAUUGGAUGAAGCAUUCACAAAUACUGUCAGUUUGUUACGAGUUCGAGGUUUUGAAGGUUCGAUCAGUCUAACUUCUAAGCCGACCUGUCAAAGAGGUGGAUGGACUAGGAUCCGAUCCCUGAUACUCUUCGCCGGAUUUCCCGCAGCGACUCCCGCUGCUAUCAUAGCAGCUAUUUCCGCAUUAGGGUUCUCUACGCCGGUCAAACUAGUUUUACUGUGUUUGUCCCACGAUCUCAGAUUUUAAGACCCUUCAGAUCUCUUUUUCCUACCCUGUAUCCUUUUUUAUAGCUGAAGCCAUGUUUUUUUAAGAGCGUCGUUCUUUUCUCUCUCUCUCUUUACGGUUUCUUCUCAAUUCCACCGACUCACCCUGCCGUCGGAUCGCCAACCGUUUACGCCGUGCGAACCACAACUCCCGUCACCCACCUACCGCCGUACGAAACACUCCCAUUUGGAUCGUCGGACAACCGUCUCCACAUUGUUCCAUCCAUGCCUCCUCGCGCCAAGCGAGGCGGGGGUCCCCGCAAGGGAGCCAGCACCCAAGACCAGGGUUCUCCCAAGAACCCUGGGCCCCCCUCUUCCCGGGGAAAGAAUCCCCGUUCCGCGCUUUCCGCGUCCCCCGCUUCCCGGCUGGGGCUUUCCGACAGUCCGACCGUUGUGGAGGUACCGAUCACCGUAGCAGCUGCAGGAGUGUCGCCGUUCGCUCUGCCAGUCGGUUUGACCAACAGCCGCCGGAAAUCAGGCAGAUCUCCUGGAAAAUCUCCUGGGAAAUCUCCUGGAGGUGCUCCCGGGGCUUCUCCUGGCAAUACCGGCGAUGCGGCUGGGAAGAAGGGAGGCUUGCGUGGAAAUCAGUCGCUUGAAGCGUCGCCAGGCCAGGCCAGCAGGCUAUUGCGAAGUCGGAAGAGUGUAGAUUCGCCGAGCCUGCCGAAUGGAGGGUCGCCGAGCCUGAGAGGAUCGGGAAGCCGGGGACGGAAGAGGGGGUCGCCAGGCGGAGAAAGACACGCUAAGAGACGGAAGGGAAAGGGAGCCGCAUCACCAGCAGGAAAAGCAAGAGCAGCAGGGGAAGCCGUGAAGCAGGAGGGGAGAAACGAGGAGGGGGAGAGCGAGCAGGAGGAGGAGGAGGAAGAGCAGGUGGAGGAGGAGGAGGGGGAGGAAGGGGAUUCAGGCGAUGAGAAUGCAGGAGGGGGGGAGCAGCAAGGGCGGGGAGGGCGCAGUACCCGGAGUGGGGGCAGAGGGGGAGAGGGAGGUGCAAGCAGAGUCGAAGGGGCUCCCGGACGAGGUCGUGGGGCGCGGGGGAGAGGGGGGAAGGGUAGCGCUGUGCUAGUCUCCCCUGACCACCGCAUGUCCCCAGGGGGAGCGGCAGGCGGGGGGAAGAAGGGCGGAAGAGGCCCCAGAAAGCGCUCCCCAGCCCCGCCUCUCAAUGACGAGGGGGAGGGAGGCGCAGCAGGGAAAGGGGGAAGGGGCGGGGGAAGUGCUGGGGGGACGGGGGCGGCAGGAGGGGCGGGGAGAGGCGGGGAGGAGUUGCAGGAGAUAGUGCAUGAGGCGGGGGGGGCAGGGAGUGCGAUAGUGAGGGAUGAGAAGGCGUUGGACUCGGUUGUGAAGGUGUUCUGCGUGCAUACUGACCCCAACUUCUCUCUGCCCUGGCAGCGGAAGCGGCAGUACAGUUCCAACAGCAGUGGGUUCAUCAUCGAGAAUCGUCGUGUGCUCACCAACGCUCACUCUGUGGAGCACCACACGCAGGUGAAGGUGAAGAAGAGAGGAUCAGACACCAAGUACCUGGCAACCGUGCUUGCAGUGGGCACAGAGUGCGAUAUAGCGCUCCUGUCAGUGGAGGACGAUGAGUUCUGGAAGGACGUCCAGCCGCUCAAGCUAGGAUCGCUCCCACACCUGCAGGACCCUGUAACAGUGGUUGGGUACCCGAUAGGCGGGGACACCAUCUCAGUCACAAGUGGGGUGGUGUCGCGCAUCGAGGUCACGGCGUACGUGCACGGCGCGUCGGAGCUGCUGGGCGUGCAGAUCGAUGCAGCCAUCAACUCGGGCAACUCUGGAGGGCCGGCGUUCAACGCGUCUGGCGAGUGUGUGGGAAUCGCAUUCCAGUCGAUGCGGGGCGAGGAGGCGGAGAACAUUGGGUACAUCAUCCCCACACCCGUGAUCAACCACUUCAUAUCCGAUUACGACCGCAACGGCCACUACACAGGCUUCCCCAUCCUGGGAGUGGAGUGGCAGAAGAUGGAGAACCCAGACAUGCGCAAGGCAUUGGGGAUGGAGGCGGGGCAGAAGGGCGUGAGAGUGCGGCGCCUGGAGCCGACCUCCCCUGCGGCGCAGCUGCUGCAGACGUCUGACAUUCUGCUGUCUUUUGAUGGCGUGGCGGUGGCCAAUGAUGGCACAGUGCCCUUCCGCAAGGGCGAACGCAUUGGCUUCAGCUAUCUCGUCUCUCAGAAGUACGAGGGCGAGACGGCGCAGAUCCAGGUGCUGCGGGGCGGCAAGGUGCUGGAGCUGGAGGUGGAGCUGAGGCGCCACAAGCGCCUGGUGCCGGUGCACAUAGCGGGGCUGCCGCCCUCCUACUUCAUCGUGGCUGGGAUCGUGUUCACCUGGGUCACUGUGCCGUACCUCAAGGCAGAGUACGGCAAGGACUAUGACUACGACGCGCCGGUGAAGCUGCUGGACAAGCUGAUGCACCGAAUGAGGCAGGCGGACGAUGAGCAGGUGGUCGUCAUCUCACAGGUGCUGGUGGCAGAUGUGAACAUUGGCUAUGAGGAGGUGGUCAACACGCAGGUGGUGGGCUUUAACGGGGCGCCGGUGAAGAAUCUGCUGCAGCUGGCGCGGCUGGUGGAGGAGUGCACCGAACCGUUCAUGCAGUUUGACCUCGACUACGACCAGGUGCUGGUGCUGGAAACAGCGAAGGCCAAGGCAGCGACCCCGGAGAUUCUUGCCAUGCAUUGCAUCCCGUCGCACUGCUCCAACGACAUCAAGGAAGGCCAUUUGCCCACCGUUGUGUGAUAAAUUGUGAUGAGAACAAGGCAUCCAACAGUAUGCAUCUUGGAAAAUAUUCAAUGUAGUGGUUUGCUAAUGAUGGCGUGUGAUAUCUUUUUCAAUUCUAAGUUUAGAAGCUCUUG